AUGGUAGAGUACUUUGAUGAGUGUUAUCCUGAUUUGUCUAAGGCUACUGCUGCUGCUGCCACCACAGCCGUUGUGGCUGCUGGGAUUAGUGAUGGGAGAGCCUUUCAGUAUCGGGACUUCGACAAUAUGAAGUCCCCGACUUUUGAUGGACUUCAGGAUCCGAUCAUAGACAUGAGGUGGAUGUUUGACAUUGAAGGAUGUUUCUUCACUUUCUCUUUCCCAGCUGAUCAAAGGGUUAGGUGCGCUCUGAACCUUCUUAGGUCUGGAGCGAGGGAUUGGUGGAGGCUUGUUACCAGCUCAUAUUCUCCUAAGCAGAGAGCUGCAGUGACUUGGGGGCAAUUCUUGGAGAUGUUUCAUUCUAGAUAUGUGCUGCAGGUGGAGCAUGAGAGGUUGGCCCAGGAGUAUUUAGACUUGAGACAGGGGUUGGAGUCGGUGACUGAGAUCACCAAGAUGUUCACGGGAGAGGGCCAUGUUUUGUCCUGA